UCGUUUGAAGGGGCUAAUUAGGAGACGCAAAUUGUUGGGGCCAUCGUUUCAUGAAGUGCGAGAGGCGCGGGCCUGCGCUGGGUCGCGGCAGCCCCCUGCCCGGCGGGAUGCUCGCCAUGGACGUGACCAAGGAGGCGCGCGCGUCGCCGCUGCCGGCCGGCGCGCAGCCCCCGGCCGCCGGCGCGCCCGCGCAGCCGCCGCAGCAGCCCCAGAUCUGCGCAGGCUGCAACAAGCCGAUAACAGAGCGGUACCUGCUGAAGGCGCUGGACCAGCUCUGGCACGAGGACUGCCUCAAGUGCGGCUGCUGCGACUGCCGCCUCGGCGAGGUGGGGCACACCCUGUAUACGCGCGCUAAUCUUAUACUGUGCAAGCGGGAUUAUUUGAGGCUGUUCGGCAACACGGGCUACUGCGCGGCGUGCAACAAGGUGAUCCCGGCGUUCGAGAUGGUGAUGCGCGCGCGCACCAAUGUCUACCACCUCGAGUGCUUCGCGUGCCAGCAGUGCAACCACAGGUUUUGCGUGGGUGAUCGUUUCUACCUGUGCGAGAACAAGAUCCUGUGCGAGUACGACUACGAGGAGCGGCUAGUGUUCGCCAACAUGGCGUACAACCCGCCGCCGCUGGCGCACCUCAAGCGCCAGACCACGCACCUGCCGCCGCCACCGCAGACGAACAACGCUAUGGGCGGCCUGAUGAACGGAUCCGGUCGGUCCGGCGACCUGAACAACAACAUGUCGUCGAGCUCGUCCCCCGCCGCCUUCGCCCCUCCCCCGCACCUCAAGCCCCUCGGCCUGUCCGCGUCCAGCUGAGACUACCGCGCCUGAGACAGCGCCCACCCGUACGCCAAGUAUCAAAACUGAACGCGCCGACUACACAAGUGUCAGCGCGAGCGUGCGAGUGGUAGUGAUGUGAAAUGCCAAAACUCAAGUUAUUAACGUGGUAUGAAUGAUAAACUUUAUAGUAUUUGAUGACUCAUUUUACGAUGUUUGUGUAAUCGAAUCUCAAAAUGAUCUCAAAUGUGGACUAACUUAGUAAUGUUUGAAUAGGAUAGAUUAACUCGUUUUUUUAUUCCUAUUCAUUUUUAACGUGAGCGGGUUUUAAGACUGCUGUAUUUAGUUUUUGUUAAAAUAUAAAUUCUGAUACGUAACAAAAUAACACAUGAACAUAAAAAGUGCCAUAGAAUAGACUAUACAGUGUCCCAAAUUUAAUUAGUUUUCUUUAGUUAUAUUUAAUUAUUUGCUAUCUGCAUCUAUGUGGCUAAGCCUUUUUAAGUUUAUCUUUGAAAAACAGAAAAUUUUCUAAGUUGUUAUAUUGUUUUGUAUUUAAGUAAAUAUUAUUAUCGUAUUGUAAAUUAUUGUUACGUUUACUAUUAAUAGUUGAACAUUGUUAAAAUGUUUGUAUUAUCUAUUGUAUAUAGCACUAAUUAGAUUUAAGUAGAGUAAUAGUAGUUACUAAAUAAUUACAUUCUUGCUGUAAAUGAUGUAGAAAUAUCAAAAUGUAUAAUUAUUUAAAAUGUUUAGAUAAUUAAAUAAAAUUAGUUUAGAUUUAAUAGUACUCCCUAUGCAUAUGCAAUACAUAUUAUAUACAAUUUAAAAACAAUUUGUAAUUCGUGUUGUACAAUGUUUGGAAAAUUCUGUAAAGUCUUGUGUAAAUAAAAAGACUACGAUUUAAAGUAAAAAACUGGGAGGUACAUAAUUAUUAGUUUGUGAAAUGCAUUCCUAUGAUUCAUCGAACUUCAUAAAUGUCUAAUUAUGAUUAAAUUUCAUUAAAAUCAGGUAAAGUAGAAGGUAUUUUAAAUGUGACAGGUUUUAACCAAUGAUGCGACCAAAGAUGUAGCGUAUUAAAAGCAUUGUUCUCAAUUA